AUGAAGGCUACGGAGAUCUUGUACUAUAUGAUACAUUUCGGUGAGGCGAGGAACAUCAUUCAAUGGAAAGUUUGGCAUACACCGGUGCAUGAGCGAGAACCUGAGAAAGAAUCCGAGACGUUAGGCAUAUGUUUCAAAUUUCUCGAGAGAACAAGUCGCAGUUUCAGUGCUGUAAUACAGGAGUUACACGAGGAGCUUCUUGUUCCAAUAGCCCUCUUCUACCUCAUCCUCAGGGGUCUGGACACAAUCGAAGAUGAUAUGACCGUUGACCUGAAGGAGAAGGAUCCAUUGCUUCGUGAUUUUCACAACAUCGUCGAUAAAGAGGGCUGGAACUACGACGGAUGUGGGCCUGAUGAAAAGGAUCGUCUGUUGCUCGUCAAAUUUCAAAAUGUCACGGAGGAGUUCCGAAAGAUCAAACCAGUAUAUCAGGAGAUUAUCAAGGACAUUACGCAAAAGAUGGGCAAUGGCAUGGCUGACUAUUGCAACAAUGCUGUUUUCAACAAAGACGGUGUCAAUACAAUCGCAGACUGGGAUCUCUACUGUCAUUAUGUUGCGGGCUUGGUAGGCAACGGCCUCACCAGACUCUUCGUGGAGAGCGGACUGGCAAACCCGGCCUUGAUAGAACGACCACAGCUUCAGGAGUCCAUGGGUCUAUUCCUCCAAAAGACCAACAUCAUCCGCGACAUCAAAGAGGACUUUGACGACAAGCGGCGAUUCUGGCCCAAGGAAGUUUGGUCAAAGUACGUCGACGAUUUCUCGGAUCUCUUCAAGCCCGCAAACAAAGACGCAGCCCUCAACUGCAGUUCAGAAAUGGUGCUCCACUCCCUCCGACACGCAGAUGAAUGUCUCUUCUACCUCGCAGGCCUGAAAGAACAAUCCGUCUUCAAUUUCGCCGCCAUCCCACAAGCAAUGGCCAUCGCGACCUUAGAGCUCGUCUUCCGAAACCACCAAAUUUACAAGCGCAACAUCAAGAUCACCAAAGGUGAAGCAUGCCGAAUCAUGAUGCAAUCGACGCAAAAUCUCCAGACGUUAUGCGAGAUAUUCAGAGAAUACACCCGCAAGAUCCACAAGAAGAAUACUCCGAAAGACCCGAACUUCUUGAAGAUCUCAAUCGCGUGUGGAAAAGUAGCUCCUCCCCUUCUCCCACCCCCCUCUUCACCCAAAUCUUUGACUUCUCUUGUACUAACACCCACUCCUUACCCACAGAUCGAGCAAUUCAUCGAAUCCAUCUUCCCAACCCAAGACCCGCGCGCCGCCACCAUCGCCAGCGCCUCCGACCAACCUUCCGCUCCUCCCACCUCGCUCACCUCCUCCAUACCCACUACCACCCCCACCACAUCCAUCGACAAAGCCAAGAAAGCGCGCGAAGACAAAGAAGCCCGCGAAGACGCCUUCUACAUGAUCCUAGCCUCGGUCGGCACCAUGGUCGUCAUCACGAUCCUCAUGCUGUUCGUGGCCUGGCUGCUGGGCGCGCGCUUCGAUCUCGCGCUCAAGGAGCUGAGUAGUGGGAAUGUGUGGAGUCCGAAGGGGCCGGAGGCUGUGGAGAGUAUUAAGGCGAAGUACGAGGGAGGGAGGGAGCUUUAG